GGUGUUGUUCUCCAAAGUUUUCCUUUACUAGGAGAUGAAGAUGAAAAAAUACCUAAACUUGGUAGGCAUUAUUUGGAAGUUUGGGCUGAGGAAGAGCGAAAUCUUACUCCGCAAACUGCCGAAGAACUCGAAGCGCGACAGAAUGAUGUAAUUAAAGGACCUUUGAGGAACCAGGAACAAGAACCUCCAGGGCCACCUUGCGGUCCUUUGGCUGAAAGAGUACUUGCCGCAUUUCUAGAAUAUAAUGAUUUAGUAACAGAAAAUAUACAAGUAAACGGUAAUAAUCAUCAUGAAACCACUACAUCUGAAGGCCCACAAAUGAAUGGGUAUCGAGAAAUACUUGAUAUGGAUGAGCGACUUAAGCGAGAAUUGAGAGCUUUAGACCUUAUGGAUGAUCAAGAUGUUGAAUGGAAUGAUAGGGAAGAUGACGAAAUCAGUAUUAAAUUACGGGAAUGUCAGACAAGAUUACGAGAACAAGUGAAGCGAAACAAUUACAAAAAAAGCGUCUUAUUGGAAAAAGUUAAGGCAAGAUCGGGUUAUCAACAAUAUUCUAAUUAUCUAGAUGAAAUUGAUGCACAAAUUGAGGAAACCUACCUGGCUCGAUAUCCUGAAAAGGAUAAAUCGAAAUUAUCAAAAACAAAAAAGAAAAGGUCAACACCUACUUUAGAAGAAGUUAAAUCGCUUCUUAAAAAGCGUAAAGAUUUAACCGACG